UAUAAAAUCAUAUGUAGUACCAGCAUCUCGUAACUUGGACAGGUCUUCAUACAUUGUGCAUAAUUAUUAAUAAUGUUCUUUGUUGACAAGAAGGAAAUGUUUUAAAUUCGUUCAGUAAGUUGAAACCAUUUAAAAGCUUCUGACCGUGUUGACUUUGUUGAAAUAAUUCAACAAUGCUUCAGUCAGCAGCUUUAAGGGUCCUCAUUUUAUUUGGUUUGGUUUGGUUUUGCGCUUGUGUCCAUGUUGCUGUUGAUCUUAAUGGAUGGAAGGCAUUGCCACUUGACAACAAAAGAGCUGUCGAUUCAAUGGACCUAGCAGCUAAACAUCUCGCCGGAACGCUGAAAGAACCCGUGACUGCUUUUCAGUGGAUAGAAGAAAACGUUCCAGCUUUGGAUUUAUACCGAGUGUCAUUCAUUGGCAUAUUUCAGCAGGGAAAUGCCUUUGAAUGUCACGCAGAUGCGGUUUGGCUAACUAAUCCAUCCAAUAUAACGGUGUUCAAUACAGGAUGCAUGGCGAUAACUUUAAAUAAGAAUUUAUACGGCGGUGUACGUUAGAAUGCCAAAUGAAGGCUUUUGGGGGUUGUUUGAGAAGUUCGUGGAAUUUCUUGUAAUUAUUUAAAUAUUAAACAGAUUUGUUUGAAAAAAAGAAAUUUACAUGCUCUUAGAAAAAACUCUAUGAGAAAGAAUUUUUGGUCUGGUAAUGUGAUAAAUAUUUGUAUCCUUAGCAACGCACCAUAGAACACUCGGCGCAGAGCAAAACUUCUGCCAAUUUGAAGGAAAUUUAUUUCGUUAAUAAUGAUUCAUUAAAACAUAACAAAAACAUAACAAAACAACGGAAGGUGACUGUAACAAGCAUAUUUGAAAACAAAUAGGGGAACUGGAAAAUAACAAUCAAGUUAUAUGGAAGGUAAACGCGUUCAAACUACACGUGUAAAGGUCGCCAGGUUUUACUUAAGACUUUUUAACAAUUUGUAUUUCAAGGUGGCAAGAAUUCCAUUCCAUUCACAGAACUUUUAUAAACCUUCUUCAAAAUGUGUUAUAAAUAUGUUAUUUGCCGGCCCGUAGCCAUUGAUAAAACGACCCCAGACCUUAUAAGAGUUAAACCAGAAUGUCAGACAUUGACAAAUGUUUCAUCACCCUCUCAUGAUACCCAUCACAAAAAGUUCUCUUCUCGCAUAUUGCUUCUAAAAUGACAGUUGCAAAGAAACCAUGGGCUUUACGACUUCCCUGUCGGAAAUCGUCUUACUUACUUACUUACUUCUAUUGUAAUACGUUUGACAAUUUAUUGGACAUAUGCAUAUUUGACUUACAUAAUAUUGCAUAAACAUGAUAAUUUCUGAACAGUUUACAUAUAAUUUAAUGAAGAAACAGACAAAAUACAGUUUUGUGGUGAA